GAAGGGAUUUUGUUGCAAGCGCAUCUCGAUCAAGUCGGCCAUUUUACUGAUAAUGUUUUCACAUCGUUACGAAAGGUUUAUCGUGUGUUUAUUAAUUCAAUUAACAAACUGAGGACUGUAUAAUAAUAUGUUGUGUCGUGUAAUUCAUCAAUAAAAUCCUGUAUACUUUGCGAAACAUGGUGUAACGUUGUCUCGUGUGAUGAAACUUUGUUGAUUGAUUUUUGGUGUUUGUGAUCAUAAAAAAGACCAUGUCGGUGCCUGGGGAUGAUGUUGGGGUGUCUUCCAACGGGAUGACGAUACAAGUGUUCCGCCCAACAUGGGAGGAAUUCAAGGAUUUCAACAAGUACAUUCAGUACAUGGAAUCUAAAGGGGCUCAUAAGGCAGGCCUCGCGAAAGUGAUUCCUCCGCCGGAGUGGGUCCCUCGCAAGUCGGGCUACGACCUCGAGCAGCUGAACGUGACAAUCCCGUCGCCUAUAUGCCAGGUAGUGACUGGCAAGCAAGGUUUGUUUCAACAAAUUAAUAUCCAGAAAAAAGCUAUGACCGUAAAGCAAUUCGCUGUGAUGGCAAACUCUGCUAAGUACUGCACCCCGCGACACACGAGCUACGAAGAUCUAGAGCGGAAAUAUUGGAAGAAUGUCACGUACGUCGCUCCUAUUUACGGAGCUGAUGUUAAUGGUAGCAUCACAGACCCUGAUGUUAAAGAAUGGAAUAUCAACAGCCUGGGAACUAUCCUCGACUUCGUAAACUCAGACUACGGCAUAGAAAUCGAUGGAGUCAACACCGCGUACCUGUACUUCGGUAUGUGGAAGACUACCUUUGCUUGGCAUACCGAGGACAUGGAUCUUUAUUCUAUAAACUAUCUCCACUUCGGCGACCCUAAGACAUGGUACUCAAUCCCGCCCGAACAUGGCAAAAGGUUUGAAAGAAUAGCUUCAGGAUUCUUUCCGACGUCAGCCAAAACAUGCCAAGCGUUUUUGAGACACAAAAUGACGCUAAUAUCUCCACAAAUACUCAAACAAUAUUCAGUUCCUGUUAAUAAGAUUACUCAGGAAGCCGGUGAGAUUAUGAUUACAUUCCCAUACGGAUACCAUGCAGGUUUUAACCAUGGGUUUAACUGUGCUGAGUCCACUAACUUUGCUGCUCCGAGAUGGGUGGAGUACGGGAAGAGAGCUACACAAUGUACCUGCAGUAAUGAUAUGGUGAAGAUUUCUAUGGACACCUUUGUUAAGCGUUUCCAGCCUGACCGUUAUGAGCUCUGGUUAAAAGGCCAGGACAUAGGGUGCCACCCAGAACAGCCUGAAAAAAUGGUACCAGCACCUCAUCCAUCAGGCCAAGAUAUUCUAUGCAACAAAAACAACACAGAGCUCCCGGAAUCAUUUAUAGAAGCUGAGGAAGAAGGUCUUAGAAAGAAGAAGAGGCAUCCGCUUCAUUUGAAAAGAGCGAUGGCCAGCAAGAGUAUAUCUGAAGGUGCCAUAGCGGUUUCCAUCUUAGGCCAUGAUGUUAUGGAUGACGAUGAAAUGACAAUGGCAGAAGGUGACUUAGACAUGAUGACUUCAAUGAAAAGACCAAUGAUGCCGCUACAGCCAGAUGAAAACCAACUCGAUGCAUUAGAAGAUAUUUGGCUGAAAGGAGAUGAGAUGGAUCCAUCUGAAGCGCAGCAACCAGAUGUAGGAUACAUGGAUUCAGACAGAGAUUCUGACUAUGGGGCUCCAAAGAAUAAGAAAAGUUCCAAAACUAGGAAAAAGCGAAAGGACAGCAUCAAAAAGGAAGGUAAAACAAAGGCAUUGAAAGAGAAAGAAGUUAAAGAUGAAGAUAACAAAGAUAGCAAACCUAAGGAAGGCACAGAAGAUAAAGAAACUGAGAAAGAUAAAGAAGUAGUUGAGAAAAAGAAAGCCACACCACAAAAGAGAGGUAAGAAGACUAAGACCAAGAAACUAUCAAAUGAAGAAGUCCAGACAAUGGCUGCUCUUGUCUCCAACUGGGAAUCUCCACCUCAUGUGGAAGAGGAGAUACCAAUCUUCAAAGCGGCACCUGUUACUAAUGAUCCACUAACUACAGGGCAAUCCACUGUUGCAACAACCCCUGAAGAACCAACACAACCAAUAACCAAAGUCCCUGCAGUCAAAAAGGAAACAAAGAAACGGAAAUCAACAAAAGCAGAUGGGGAGAAAGUUGAAAAGCCUAAGAAAGAGAGAGUUAAGAAGGAACCUAAGCCUAAACCUCUUGAUGGAGUUGUCAAAGAGAAGAAGCCUAGAAAACCUAGGACUCCUAAGAAGAGUACUUAUGAGUACAGUUCACCUGUAGCACCUGUUAUGGCAAAACCGUCACAGACGUACCAGCCAUCUACAAUGACUAAACUGUCCUACAAACUUGCCGAUAUCCCCAUACCCACAACGUCAACAUCAACAUCCUUCUCAAUGCAAAAAACAGACCAAAAAUCCACUACGCCACCGAAACCUGUGAAAACAUACUCUGCAAUACUUUUAGACCCAAGUUUGAGAGUACCAAAAGUUGUACCACCGAUAAACAAGAACCCUAGUGCAUUUGAAGAUGAAUUCCACCGGUUUAUGAGUAAGAAGAAAGAACCAUCACCGCAACAGGUUCCAACUCCUCGAAAAACAUCACCGACCAUACAGGCGCAGACCGGGAAAGUUGUGGUUGAGAGUAUUGAGCAACCACCUCAACAUACUCCUCAGCAGAGGGAAGACUGGUCAAUGCCUAUUGGGCAGUAUAAUGACUCCAUAUUCCUUAACACUCCCUUAGAUUAUAGGACGUACUCGAACAACCAGAGGCAUCAGCCCCCACCUAUGGAGAGAAGUCAGUGGAGACCGGAGUACUACCAACCUAAUCCUAUGCACAACAACCCUAUGCCUCCCAUGUACUCACAAAUGACAAAUAAUUACUACAGAAGCCCGUAUCAGUCACCAUGGCAAUAUGGCUACCAGAAAUAAACAGUAUUUUAAAUUUAGAUUUUAGGCAAUGUCCACGAAUUUGUCUCUCGUAUGCAAUGUUUUGAAAUCUGGUUUAAAUAAUACAAGAUAUACUAUGUUUGCAAAACAAUAUAUAAGUAUAUAUUAAUUUACAUAACAUAUGUACAGAAAAGUAUAUAUUAAUGAAUAAAUAGCUAUUUGACGGCAGCAAUAAAUUAAAUAGAAUUCUAAACACUGCAUAUAGGGGACUUCACUUAAUACUUAUAUUGGAAGUUCUAUUUUGGGGAGAAAUAAGUCUAUCCUAAUAUUAUCAUAAAGAGGAAACGUAUUUUCGUUGGUUUAUAUCCUAAAGUUUAACUUUUACUGUAGCGGUUCCCAUGGAACGCGUGUCAAAUGCAGUUUGGUAAAAUUUUAACAUAUGUUCGCAAUUUAUGUUUUGCUGUGUUGAUUAUUGUAUUUGAUUAAAACAUAUAUAUAUUUGCCUCAAAGUAGAACUUCUAAUUUAAAUACUUCUAGAAUAAUUUAUUUAUCUUUUAAAGUAAAAAAAAUCAUUAUAGAGUGAAAUACACCGUUCUUGUAAAUUUCAUUAGCCAUUUACUACGACUGAUUAAAAGCGGUUUAUUUAAGAUCAUAUGAGUUUUUUUAAGUUUGUAAAAUAUGUCUUAGGGUUUCCUACUUGCGGUAGUCUAAUUUACACCCAAUGUGAGGUAGGUCAGUAAAUGCAAAUUCAGGUAAAAUUGGUGGGGAAGAAAUUCUUGUGUAUAAAUAAGUAAAAUAUAAAUUAAUAAAAAGAAACGUUUGCUAAUGAGAGAGAAAGUAAUGUUAAAAAAGUAUUAUUCUAGUCUAAAUUGUCUUUUAAAUAAAAAUGCUUUAUAAAAAAAUGCUACAUUUUUUUAUAGUGAGUUGACAACCAUUAAUGUGUUUUGUGGGAACUGUUUCCAGCAACCAGAUAAAAAGUUGCCCACCUAUAUGUUAUUCUUAUAAAUAAGCUGUAUUACUGCCAAGUUCCAUCACAAUUAUUUCAGACGUUUGUGCAUAAAGACUUAACAAAAACAUGCCUAAAUCACCUUCAUAAGUGUGCUCGAUAGAACUUCUGUUCUUCCAUUUACUCAUUGAACAUUGGGUGUAAAAUUAGAAUGGAUGUAAGCACCUAGUUUUAGCCCGGCGGGUUGUAUGUCAAAUAUGGAAAUUCUAUCUAGAAUGACAGAGGCUGUCUUUUAAAUACUUUUGGCGGUCGUUAUGGGUAGUCAGAAGCCUGAAACUCUGAUAACCAGUCUUAGGGAGUAUUGGGUAUAUUUGGGAAAAUGCUAAUCAGAUGAAUGACAGUCCACCAACAUCAAGAUAGGGAUUUUUAAAUUUGGUUUUUUAAGCACCAAAAUUUUCAAAAAGCUAGUCAAGUGUAAUAUUUUAAGAUUGUCCUGAAAUUCAGGCAGUUAUUUAUCUGGUAAUACAGUAAAAAUUUUGACAUUCAACCUGCUUAUUACAGCUUUAUUUUAGACUUAAUUAAUGUAAUUAUAAUGAAUAAGAAAUUAGUUUUAUUUUUUAUCCUAUCGUAAAUAUUGAAGUGAAAUAUUUGUUUUUAACCUGAGCUUUAGCUAUCACAAUCUGUCUUAUCGGAGUUUUAUCAAUAUUGAUUCAGAAGUUUUGGAUUUUACCUCAAUUAAUGCUUGAAUGUAUAGCUAAGUCGAUUUUAAUUUUGAAUUUGAAUUUUGUGUGUAGCAAAAAUGAGCGCACUUACUGUAAAUAUGUUUUAGAAAUGUUAAUCUAGAGGGGUAUAUUUACACUUAAUAGUGUGGUAUGUCAAUCUGAAUCGAUAAACUGAAAACUGAAAAAAUGUCCCCGUGGUUAUUUAAAAAAAUAUAUGGUAAUAAGUUUGGUUACUCAAAAGAUUGCAAUAUACGCUUUUGUGAAGCUGUUUUAUUUUAAAAUUUAAUUAAUAAAUUAAUAUAAUGCUCUGCACAUUGUUUUGCGAGCUCAAAUAAUUGUAGGUAUUUAGAGAAUCUAUUUAUUACUAAAACUACUUCUUAUAGUUAGCUGCAGGUUUAAUCACCUAGCAAGCCCUAGUGUCAGGGUUUUCCCAAAUCCGCCUGACGGUCUCUGACGUGGAAUUGUAACAACGACUGCUACUGAGUAGCAUUUGGGGACGCUGCGCUGAAGAUUUAACAUUUUCUAUGUAUGUGCAAUGUGUAUGAUGUACAUUUUACACACACAAGUGUAGCUCACCCGCUUUCUUGAGAUAAAACAUCUGUACCUUCUUAAGGUAUUUUUAAUUUAAUCCAAGGCAACUUUUCUACAAUAUCUGAGCUCGCAAACACUGUGUUAGGAAACCGUGAGAUAUUUGUACUGUAUAUAAUGAUAGUCAUAUAAAUACUAAAGUAUAUUUGGACUUGAGGUCACUUUGUCUGCGUUAUAAAAAAUAUGUCCUGCUCUUGUUAGUAAAGAAUUGUAUUUUGAAUUGUAGUUUAUCUGGACUGUGCAAUGUUUUUCAUGUUCAACAAAAUGCAUAUUAAUAAUGUUUAUGUAAAGUACAGUCAAACAAAAAUGUGGUCUACCACUGAACUGGUAGGUAACAUUCAUUUGAACUUCACGAAA